GAAUCUCUCACGACAUGCCGUAAAUCGACUCUAAGAGUGAAACCGAUACUGAUGUUGUUUUGCUUGUUGUUUAAACCAGAAACUCUCUAAUUACUUCAGUCCAAAGCUCUCUGUUACAGCGGGUUUGUCCGGUGUGUCUGUCCCGUCAAAGCGAUGCUGGUCACCGUCUUCUGUGCACCCAGGGACCGUCCCGAGACCAUCUUUUCCCUGGACGUGUCCCCGGAGCUGGAGCUCAGAGAUUUCGUGGCACUUUGUGAAAUAGAGUCGGGCAUCCCUGCGGCAGAGAUUCAGAUAGUCUAUGUAGAACAGCAAUUAAAAGACCCCACCCGUGCCUUGGGGAACUAUGGAGUAAAGGAUGGAGAUGUGGUGGAGCUCAGACAAGCUGAGCGACGACCGCCACCCACGCAACCAGCCUUUCCAGGUCUGCCCCACAUUGACUUCCGCUCCAUUACUGUCCCGGGCACCUCGGGUACAAAUAACCAGCGUAAUGCGCCUGUGAGGCCUCCACAGCAGCCGCAGCGCAGUGCACAGCCUUCCACACCCAUGGCCUUCCGCGGCUCCUCUUCUCAGGGGCUGGACGACCCCGCCUUACUCCAGCAGAUGCUGUUAGCCAGUCCACAUGAGCUGUCCCUGCUCAAAGAGAGGAACCCUCCACUCGCUGAGGCUCUGCUCAGUGGAGAUCUAGAACGAUUUACAAAGGUGUAUUUGGAGCAACAGCAGGAUAGAGCCAAAAGAGAACAAGAACGAAUCAGACUUCUCACAGCAGAUCCCUUUGAUUUAGAAGCUCAGGCUAAAAUUGAGGAGGACAUUAGACAGAACAAUGUAGAAGAAAAUAUGACAAUUGCUAUGGAGGAAGCUCCAGAAAGUUUUGGUCAAGUAGUAAUGCUUUACAUCAACUGUAAAGUCAAUGGGCAUCCAGUAAAAGCCUUUGUUGACUCAGGAGCUCAGAUGACCAUCAUGAGCCAAGCCUGUGCCGAGCGCUGUAACAUCAUGCGGCUGGUGGACCGGCGCUGGGCUGGCAUUGCCAAAGGAGUGGGCACCCAGAAAAUCAUUGGCAGGGUCCAUCUGGCUCAGGUCCAGAUUGAGGGAGACUUUUUGCCUUGUUCUUUCUCCAUCCUGGAGGAUCAGCCAAUGGAUAUGCUUCUGGGUUUGGACAUGCUCAAGAGACAUCAGUGUUCUAUCGACUUAAAAAAGAAUGUGCUCUUAAUAGGCACCACCGGCACAGAAACUCGAUUCCUAGCGGAGGCGGAGUUGCCGGAGUGUGCCCGCCUGGCAUACGGAGCAGAGGGCAGAGAGGAGGCCCGUCCAGAGGAGAUUGCAGAUAGGGAAUUGGCGGAGGCGCUGCAGCGGUCCAUCCAGGAGAGCGGACAGCACUGAUGCACUGGAGGCAGCAGGAGAGGGCCCUACCAACAAGACACUGCAGAUGGACAAACUACCUCACCCCAGCUCCCGACUCCAGUCUCAUUACCCAAAACGUUAAACCAAAUGUCAUCCACUUACUCAAAGAAACCCCCAAGUCCAACCCCUGGUCCAUCAUCCAUGGUCCCUGUAGAUUCAACCUCAUCAACGGGUCAAAACCAGGAUUUAAACCAACCUGGACCAUCUCAGAGCCAUAUUACUCAACAGAUUGACUCCAGUGUGCCCCCCACAGCUAGUCCAAUUACUACAGAUGCCCUCCCCACAUCUCCCAUGUCUACAGAGAUGGAGGGAGAAGGAUUGAUAACAGAUCAGGUAUCAACUGACGACAUAAAAAGCACUACAAAUCCAGAGCUUGAUUUGUCUCCAGUGCAGCCAAUGGAGCAGGAGGCGCUGAGUGCAGAUGCCCCACACCAGCUAGACUCUGUAGAAAUGGCUCCCCCUUCUGUCAGUGAAGGGAGUGCGCCAGAAUCAGAGCAUCGCACUCGCUCCAAUAGUAUCCCGUCAUUGGCUGCAGCUUUGAAAGAGCUACAUGAGCUGAUUGUAUCAAAUAAGUCAAGUGACGGCUCAUCUUCUCCACCUCCACGCCUUUCUGUAACGGACAAUCCCGAAACAUGCCAAACUGAAUCAUCUUGUACUGCCAUUUCUCAAACAACUGAUGCCAAAGUUGACCAUCAUGCUACUAAUACUUCUACUAUAACUACUACUACUACUACCACCGCCACUGCUGUAUCAGAUGAGGGACUGUCUGAUUGUGCAGAGUUAUCAAGCAAUGAGGACAAUGUAGAAGUGGAGAUGGGAGAAAGUUUAGAAGAACUUAAAACACAACAGUGUCCUGAGGAAGAGACAAGUGUACAAGAUAUAGCCAAUUUAAGCAAUGAUCCUUUAUCUGAGAUUGGUCAAGAAAUAGUAAGUGAUGAUCAUAAUAGGGAGCACGACGUAACUGAGGCAGAAAGGGCUGCUAGCAAUAACAACCUACAAACUGUUAUUCCUUUAAACUUGGAAAAUGAGCAAAAUUCCAUUGUUUCAGACCCCGCUCCAGCCUCUCCCCAAGAAGACGCCCUAGCUUCUAUUUUAGCCCGUCUUUCAUCUCAAAGCGUAACUCCACAAACCGUAGUGGGACGUUUCCCCAUAGAGCACAUCCAGAGGAUCCAGGCGGCUGGUUUUUCGGCUCAGGAGGCUGCAGAGGCGUUGGAGAGGGCCAAUGGGGAGGUGGAGAGAGCCCUCUUCGCUUUACUGGCCCGGAGCAUCAUUGUGCCCACCUAAAUCAGCAGGUUUAUACCAGAGGUGGACAGAUAAGAGUAACAAAAAUGAAAUGCUUUAUAUUGUUGCAUGGAUAAACUACCCAUUUACAAGUUAAAGUCCUAUGUUGGAAGAUUACUAAAGUGGGGGUAGAGUAUCAAAACAAAUUGUGGUACUGUAAAACUGCAACUCGCAGUCUAUGCAUAUUUGUUGGAAAAAUACUGAAUUUCAACAUACUUUUUUCAUUCUUUCAGAUAUUUUUGUUAUUUUAUUUGGAACAAUGUAUUUUAUGUUUUUAUGAUUAUUGAAGUUUAAUGGCAAAGGCAUUCUAAACGUAUUUUUUGGAAGCUGGUUUACAAUAUUAUCUUUACAUUGUGAAGUAAAAAUGUAUAAGUAGGUUUAAUGUGUCAGGGAAAGUUCGUCCUGAACAAUCUGAUGUAGGCUAAUACACCCAUUUUAAAAAUACAGGGCUACACUUCAGAUGGUGUUUAAACAGAGAAUUGAUAAUGGCUGAUCAAGGGACAUUAAUCAAGUUGAAAUGAAUAACAUGAAUAAUAAUGAAUAACACACAAAUUAAGAAAAAAUAUUGUUCUAAAAAUGCAUCAAAACAAAAACAGUUGUGUUUUUCCACCUCUGGUCUAGACUGCACAUUCUGAUCUGUAAUGUGGGCCUCUGCUGAUCAUGAGCACAUCAAACAGGGAAACGUUUCUUAUAAAAUAUAAGAAGUGGAAAUAAACUUUUAUCUGGACUUUUUGAUACGUGAGGUGUGUUUGCAUGCAGAUGUUGUGGGUGCCCGCUCAUUUUUAUUGUUUUAAAUGAGAUUUUUCAUUUAUUUUGAUUGUAUAAAUGCCCAAUGGAUGACUUGACAUUACAUUUUUUGUUUUGUUUUUGUGUGUAGAGAAAAAUAACAGAUUUUUACUCAUAUGCUCCCUGUCAGAUUAUAGUUCAAUCAAUGGGCAUUUGGACUCAUUUCAAAAAGUGAAACAUUUAGUGGUUUAAAUUAGCCUUGCAUUUACAGAUUUUUGAAAAGGUCAUUGAAAAGUAUAGUUUUGUUUUUUUUUUUCCUUUUCCCUGAAUGGCACUGAGAUACCAAAUGAGUGUUCAGAUAUGAUAUAUGGGAUUACAAGCAUAGAACGGGAAAUUACAUAAAAUAUCAGAUUUUGUCACUAUAUUGUUUUCCAUUAUUGCCACAGUUAGUAUCAGUUUAUGUUAAAUUUACAUUGUGUCAAAUCAUUAUAUUUCAUUUGUGUAGUUCUGUUAGAUUAAGGCCAUGUCAUGUUUUCUGUCUUUGUCCAGGAUUUUAUGGCUUUAUGAUUCAAACAUGUUCAGGCAAAUUGAAUUAUUUACUUUUAUCUUGUAUGAAAUUUUAAAAUUGCAAAUAAAAUGGUAAUAGUAUUUGUAAAUUUUGUA